GACAUCGCCUCACGUGGCUCCCAUCGCGAAAUCUUCCUUCGCUCUUUGCUUACUCGAUCGUGUUAACACUCAACUUUCCAUCGCUUUCGCUUUCUUUUCCUCCCGACUUGCCUCUGCAUCUGCGAUCGGCCACAUGGACCCAUGCCUCAUCGACCCUGAUUUUCAGUCAUGAAACAAAAGACAACUAGCGAACAAAUAUUUUCGAUUUUGCGGACCCUCACGAGGGACCGGAAGUCUUCGAAACAAUUGCAACGAGUGAAAUGUGCUGCUUUCUGUUCAUUUAGCUCGUUUAAUUCCUCACUGGUACGAGUAGUGCAACCACUUAUGCGUCGUCAGACUCGCAUGACACGGGUUCUCUGAUGAUUUUCAGGCUCCCUGCCGGAGGAGCGCGGCACACAAUUCCCAUUUUAAAAUACAAUAAUCGUCACCAUCGAAAUGUCCAUUUUUAAAUCUAAAUCUCAGUGAAACUCUCAAUCAAGUAUCUCGUUUGUAGAAACGAGAUACGCGUCAAAUAAACGCAACUCCAGAGGCACGAUUCUAUCAGCUGAUAAACUGCAAUACUCCGCGUGUUGAUUAAUUUCCGGUGAGAAUUGUGAAUCGCUCGAAUCAGCCGGUUGCCGGCAGCUCAAACCGCCACCUGUAUCGACAAUCGUAACUUAUUACGGUCGAACCGUGUAACCAGGUGGCAGAGCGGCUGUGUGGUUUUGGUGCACUUGAUUACUUUGACAAACUCCGCGCGUAGUGUUUGAAUCGCCCUGAUGAAAACUACGUCGUGAAUAAUUAUCAGCUCACUAGGGAUUUCCUCGUAACGAUUCUCGACCUUACCGCUCUCAUCAUCGGCCAUUCGUCGAAUUCUACUCGGGAGUAAACCUGACGAGGAAAACGAUGCCGGAGGGACUCGAGGACUCCGUACACGAAGACAUUGGCCAAGGGAUGAACGGACAAUUGUGACGGGAAGACGUCAAAUAUAUUGGCUCGAGUGCCUCACGACAAACAGUCUUGGGACGGUCUCAGGUUGUUCGACCGUUCGGUGUAUACACGAAAUACGUCUAUUUACAUACACCUCGAGCACGAUCGUACAAUGUAUACAUGUACGUAUACGCUGAGACGUUUGUCCAUCACAUAACCGAGCUACGUACACACUUUGAAUUGUACACUCGUAUCUGGUGGUCCAGUCAGGUACCGGGAAUGAGGAUCGAUCAAUAACGACUGAUGUUCGCCCUUAACGCGCUUUAACGAGCGCCCCCCCAAAAUGAAUCGUCCUUAAUUUAGAGGCUCGAUAUCAAGAUAACAUUGAAAUUAAUUUUCUAUCGGAAUAUCAAGAGAAAAUAAUAAACAAGGAGGAAAAGAGUGGAAACGGAGAAGGGAAGGAUUCAUCAGAGGUCCCUCACGGUAUGGUCAUCGUGGAGGCGUCGGUUGCCAACAAAUGCUGCGAUGCUUGGACCAUGCCAGCCGGCGACCUGGACGCGGUUGCUGGCCCGCCGCCCAAUCCUUUUGAAUGUCCUGCUGAUGCUCAAUUCCGGAAAGAGAAUCAUCUCUCCGUCCACAUCUUGUCGUCACCAACGUCAAGUCCCACCGACGACGCCCCCGUGUCCGUUCGCCCUCGCUACGACGCCGCUUCUCAUUAGUCUGCUUUUUCUCCUCGUUCAUAUCGUUGGUGGAUCACGCGCCGUCACUGGACCACGCUACGCGUCGAGAAUCGUCGAAACGAAAAGCGGACAGAUACAGGGAAUUUUGCAGGAGUUAAACGGAAGGCAUCUCGAACCCGUCGAAGUAUUCCGAGGAGUUCCUUACGCCGCACCCCCCGUCGGAGAUCUUCGUCUUCAACCACCAGCCGCACCAAUCCCUUGGAGGGAUAUCAAACUCGCUGAUUCCUUCGGUCCAGUUUGCCCCCAAAAUAUACCUGACAUCAGCAAUCUAACUGUCGCACUUGGACAAAUGCCCCACGGAAGAGUCAUGCAGCUCAAGCGUUUCGUCACUUUCCUCACAAACCAGAGCGAGGAUUGUCUCACGCUCAAUCUGUACAUACCUGGAAGCGGUUCGAGAGGUCUGGAGGCUCCAUACGCAGUGAUAAUGUACGUUCACGGUGAAAGCUUCGAGUGGGGUACGGGGAACGUUCAUGAUGGCUCGAUCCUGGCGAGCGCUGGUCACGUCAUUGUCAUUACCCUCAACUAUCGCCUCGGGAUUCUGGGGUUCUUGAGGACCCGGCCUCAUCCUGACACCGCCACCGGCUCCGGUGGCAAUCUCGCUCUCAAGGACAUUGCGAUGGGUUUGCACUGGAUACGGGAAAAUAUUCGGGCCUUCGGCGGCGAUCCAACGAGAGUCACUCUCAUGGGCCACGACACUGGAGCUGCGCUCGUAAACUUUCUGCUGUUGGCACCAUUCGCCAAAGGGCUUUUUCACAGAGUGGUUCUCGUGAGCGGAUCGGCUCUCAGCCCUUGGGCAGCUGUUCACGACCCAAACGACAUACGUGUCAAAGUCGGCCAACAAGUUGGCUGCUCGAUCGAAGAGGACGAAGACAUUGCUGAUUGUCUUCGUGGCGUUCCUGUCCACGAAUUGCUCAGCGUUGAAUUGCCAGAGAUCAAGUUCAUGCCGAAAAUAGGACCGUCUCUACCAAUCGAUCAAAACAACCCCGAUCCUGGCCUCGACAUGGAACGGAUGAGCGACGCUUUCAUAAAAGUUCCUCUGAUCCUCGGAGUGGCAAGUGCCGAAGCUUACCUCGAUUUUAAUGACAACGAAAUACAAUUCGGCCUUGAGGAAGAUCAACGCAAUAAAAUCCUUCGUACGUACAUAAGAAACACGUAUUAUUAUCAUCUCAAUGAAAUAUUCUCUGCCGUUCGAAACGAAUACACGGAUUGGGAAAAACCGGUACUCCAUCCAAUUCACAUUCGAGACUCGACCAUGGAAGCUCUCAGCGAUGCUCAUACCGUCGCCCCCCUCAUGAGGAUUGCCUUCUACCACGCCAGAAGAGGAGCCCAAACUUAUUUCUUUCACUUCAAUUACCAGAGCAAGGACAGUUACUAUAAUCAGAGACUGGGUAGCGUCAGAGGCGAAGAUAUCCCUUACAUGUUUGGACUACCACUCGUCGCCGGAGGACCGUUUUUUCCUCAAAAUUUUUCGAGACAAGAUCAAGGCGUCGCCGAAGCUGUGCUCAAUUUUUUCACGAAUUUUGCCAAAACUGGCAACCCCAACGAACCUCACAACAUCGAGUCCGUUGAUUAUGGAACUGUCAAAGAAAAAGCACGCUUUCGUGGGCUCACCUGGGGACAGUACGAGACGGGGACGCAGCAGUAUUUGACGAUAGCUCUGAAACCGAAAAUGAAGAGCCACUACCGUGGUCAUAAAAUGGCUGUGUGGCUAAACUUAAUUCCACAACUCCAUCAACCCGGGGACGAAGAUGUUUCAAUGAGACACCAUCAUUUCCGGGAACGGGGUGACGAGUUUUAUGCGGGACCGGUGAGAGACGAGUGGCACACGCCGUUGCCGCUGGUCGGUAGCACGAAGACGAGUUCGUCAUCGACAACGUGUACGACCGGAAUAUCCGGUGGGAUUGAAUCGAUAACGGAGGACAUAACUUCGAUUCUGGACGACAACGAAGACGAUGCGGAGUUAUUACAGAGGCUGGCAUCGCGACAUUAUUACAGUACGACGACGGCUCUCGCGAUAACAGUGGGAGUUGGCUGCAUACUUUUGGUACUGAAUAUGCUGAUAUUUGCUGGAAUUUAUUACCAGCGGGAUCGUGAUAAGAAAAGGGCGACGAUGCAGUGCAACAAUACGUCGAACGGACAAGAGUCGUUGCCGAUGACGAUGAUGCGGACUCCCGUUAAGUCGAGCGGAGUUCGAGAACAACAAUCCCAAGAACCGCCACCGUCUUACACGACUUUGGCCCGGAAUUCACAUUCGGAUUCGCAAAUGACGUCGCAGAUCCAGCAACAGCGUCAAACCACCGAAAAAGGCGACGCGAGAGAUCACGAACCCGAAGAAGACUCGGGCCGUGGAAAAAACAACAAUUUCAGUGGUAACACCGCUCACCGAGAUACAACGCCACCGAAACCUCCUACACGAACCACCAGCUCGCUCAGCACAACCAAUCAACUUACCAAUGCCGCUGGUACCAUUAAAAAACGAGUUCAGAUACAAGAAAUUGCUGUAUAGCAUUAGGGGUUGCCCCGAGAGGGCUCGUCCAAAGUGAAACACGUGACUUUCGUCGACAUCGAUCAACAAAAUGUUCAGGACACUCGGUUCUGAUACGUGUUACGUUCCAUCGGAAUUUCCACACAUCUGUGUCAUCCUCGACGAUCCUACACGAACUUUUUUAUACGUUGUCACUUAUCGUGUGUCUUCUCUAUGGGGUUACGAACAAUCUUAUCUUAUUGCCGCGUCUUCGUGGAUAUAAACAAUGGUGAAUUGCCCAUAUUACACUCGUGUGGGCGGGAGCUCUGCAGCGGAAUUUUGGAAAAACGUUCUUGCCCUCUCUACGCACAGGCACUCUUUUUUUCGAGAUCGUUUCCAGACGAGUGAUCAAUAUUUAUGAGAAAAAUAGUGGAAACAUGAAAAUACGACGCCGCGAGAACGACUGACGAUAAUUCAACUGCAGAGCUCCCCUUUUGAAUAAAAUACAUUAUUUUUCGAUCAAAACCGUUCUGCUGAGAAUCGUUUUUUAAAUCGUUUGCUCUGUGGACAGGAAAAUCUGUCUUUUCACUCCUUCGGUCAGGCACGAACAUUUACCCAGCGUCGUGCCAAGCUCUCGGACGAGUGUGCUCGUGUCUACGUCCGCAUGUUGAUUCAGAGGGUCAAACAUCGAGUGACGACGAUACGGUGAAGUUCAAAAGAAAUACUGAGCAAGACUCAUCGUAACGGAUACGAAAAAAACGUAUCCCACACCGGUGAUUCGUUGGGUUUCAAGAAACUUCGCUUUCGGACCAAGCUUUAUAGACUUUGUGAAGAAACUAAAAACCGCGGUGGUGGCUCGCGAUCUCCGAUAAACGUAAUGGGAUCAUGGACGCUCAUCGAUUGUUGGCAAUCACGAGAAAUAUUUGCAGAAAUCUGGUGACGAGUUUUGAAUGUUGGUGAACCUGAGAUUGAACACUGGGAGGCUCGAAAUUGUGGCUGCCGAAAAUAUUUCACCUUGAAAAUUAUUCUCUGCGAAGUGGCUUAUUAAAUUAUUGCAGCCUGCAUUAAUCAGAGGAUAAAAGUUCGACAACGAAAUCGCUGUGUCAACGAUCUUCGUAAAAGUGUUUAAUUCUCGGGCGCUUGCGCGUCUCCCUGGAAACCCGAGUCACGACGUUAUUCACAGAAAAUCGGGUUGAAGUUCUCCGCCACCCUGGGAGCUCCCAUAAUCUCUAUCCUAGCAAAAAUAAAAGAAGAUUUAUAAAUAAGGAACUUACAAAGAACCACAACUUCCGAGAGGCAGUUAGUAGAAUUUCUGUGCCAUCGUAGGGACACGGUUUAUGAAAAUUGUAAAAAAUGUAUCCAAAAUACGACUAGAUAAAUAGAGAAGGUUAUUGCAGCGAAAACGGUGUCACGAAAUCAUAGAUUUUAGACGUUAUUCAAAUUUACUCCAUAACCGCUUGAACUUUCCAAAUUUUUUUCGACACAUUCAAAAAUUCAGUACUUUUAACGAAAUUUCGUGUCGUGAUCAAAUGUCGAAAUGUCGAUUGGGAUCUCGAUAUAGGAAAGCUCGACUUUAACAUUUCUCAUUUAAAUAAUUUUACGACGCUGAAGUUUGCAACGUUGGGGUCCAACGAAAUGAAGAAAAAAAAAAAUUGGAAUUCACCAAUUUUUGAAAAACUAUGAAUUGCAAAUUCGGCAGGGAACGAAAUUCGAGAAUUACUGGAAUCAAACUUCAGCGUCACACAAUUUUAAUGUCACGACAGCAAUCUAAUUUGUCGAUUAAACGGGUUUCGUAACCAGAGAUUCGAAAAAUUACAUUUUUUCAUUACACACCGGUCGAGCUACGCAGUCACAGUUACGCUUGGAUUCGUGUGCUAUAAAGAUUCAAGAUUUCGUUCUUUUAUAGAUUGUUUAAGAGAAUCUCAUAACAUUGUAAAUAAUUUAGUUAUUCCGAAUGCUGCAUCAGCGAAACGUUUCAAUUAAUAUUAAUUGCACUAUUAAGGUAGAUUAAUCAAGAUGAAUGGAUUUGUUUCGGAUAAAUUUUGGGGUCUGUAGUUUUUCUUGUAAUUAACAUUGAAGUGGUUGAAUAAGGCACAUUGCAUUUAUUGAUAUUCGUAUUGAACAUAUUUUCAGUAAUUUGAAAGUUAUUAGUAAAUUAGGCGAAAGGCUGCAAGAAUUUGAAAAACUCAAUGUAAUAAUCCAAAUACGCGAAACUAUAAGGUUAAAAAAAUUGGAAAAUCAGUAUCAAAUUAAAUAUUUGAAUAAACUAAUGAAAACACUAUUUUUCGUGCACGUCUCAAGCCAAUAUUUCAAGGUAAUUUGAACAUUUUUCCUGAAAUGGAAAUGGCAUUGAAAAUUUUUGCAUUCUGUUGUAUUUGUUCAACAAACACAAUAUUAUGAAUUAAGAAAAUGUUCAUCGAUGAUGAACAUCAAGGGGAGCUUGAACUGAGCCAACUUUUGAGACUUUAAGAAAUUAUUAUACGCAAUAUUGAUCGACGCAUUUCGUUGGUCGUUAAAUGUUGUUCAAUAUUAUUUCUGGGGAACGUCGCCAUACGUAAGAAUCUUGAAGUUUCAAGAGGAUCUCUGGUUACGAUAUUUUCAAAGGAACCGUGAAUUUCGGUAGACGGAGGUCCUCAUCAAUGAAUCUCAAACACUUUAAAGUCUGAUUAAUGCCUAUUUAAAAAAUGGAAAAGUGUAAUCCAACAUGUGCAAGAAAGUGAUACGAAAAAUUAAAAAUAGGAUUAUUAAAUGCACAAUCUUCGGGAAUAAAUACACCCACACACACACACACACACACAAACACUCGCACACCGAGAAACAGAAAUGGUGUUUACGGAGUUUGAAUAAUUUACUCGCACCUCGUAAACGCGUAACAGAAUUGGAGCCCUUUCGUUAUUUUCCAACUCUAUGUGUAAAUUUUCCUUGAUUGCUAAUCAUUCAAGGACCAUGAUAAGGAGUUAUCAAAUUACGUAAAUUGGUUGUAAAAAACGUAGUGUUUUCAUGAAAGAUAUUUUUCCUUACAAAAAGCUUCGGAGUUUUUCGAGAAAUAAAAAGUAUAUACUGGGUGGGAAAGCGUAGAUUUUAGUUCGAAAGUAAUUAGAGGGUCAAAACUCUGAAGGGUCUUAGAGAGGCUGCGAAUAAAAACAAUCAUAAAUAAUUAGAUAUAAUAAACGAUCGUUUGAGACAUGUUGGUGGGAAGUGACGCAAGAAAAAUGAAAAUGAUCGAUGGUUUUUGCACGAGGCCAGAAUCGUCGAAUCGCUUUUAUUCGAUAACAAAGAGAAACGACGAAGAAAAUAGAUUAUAGUCGACCUGUCAAAUGUUCUUUAAUCUCAUGAUGAAAAAUAAAAGGAAAAACAAUGGAUGCAUGGUAGUGAAACGUAAACUAGCAGAUUAGGAAAAAAAACAUUUGUAAAUUUCACCGAUCAAUAAAUAGUGAUUUAUAACUAAUCUUAAA